UUCUAUUGAAAAAAGGUGAACUGACGGAAGGUUUUGUGCUACGCUGACUCCUAAACGUCCAAACGAAAAAUUGCGAUGAGGAAAAGAAGAAAAUGACAUAAUGCUGCCAUUCGGUACAUGGGCCAGACAUAGGCCCUACAACGAAUUUUUGAAAGCAUGGUUUCUUAUGGCGAUUUUUGGUAUUUCUUUUGCGCAAAAAGUUUCAGUUGUAAAAUGUCCUGGAUUAUAUUGCGGACGAAAGGAUACGGGAGGAGGAACAUACUCACAAUGUGGGGCAUGCCCUAGAGGCUACCAGCCUGACACCAACACCCUGUGUAAACAAUGUGAGGACUCGCCCAUGUUCUAUGACUGGCUGUACCUUGGCUUCAUGGCAUUGCUGUCUCUCAUCUUCCACUGGUUUUUCAUUGACUACACAAAUAAACGGAAGAGGGCCCUAAUCGUGCUGCAUGUAAGUGCACUGGUGGAGUGUGUACUAGCAGGGAUACUGACAGUUUUACUGGUGGAUCCUGUGGGGUCACUCAACAUUCGAUCGUGUGUUGUUCGCGAGCUCUCCGACUGGUACACGAUGCUGUAUAACCCUAGUCCAAACUACACCACCACCCUCCAUUGUACACAGGAAAUAGUCUACCCAUUGUACACCAUAUCAAUGAUCUACUACGCCUUCUGCCUGGUUCUUCUGAUGCUGUUGAGGCCUUUUGUGUCCUACAAGUUUGUCCAGAGUCGAGGCACCAAGUCCAUAUAUGCUGCCCUGUACUUCCUCCCCAUCCUCAUCGUUCUCCAGGCAGUGUUUGGAGGACUUCUUUAUUAUGCUUUUCCAUACAUUGUAAUAGUAAUUUCUGUAAUUACAAAUGCAGUGUUUUUAUCCAGUAUAUCAGAACAGAGGGUAAAGCCUUUAUUGAAAGAAGCAUUCCUGAAUGUAAGAAACCUGACGAUCCUUCUGGGACAUUGGUUUCUUCACGCAUUUGGCAUAAUUGCCAUGACACAGCUUGAUGAUGCAAAGUACUAUGGGACACUGAUUGCUCUAGUGCCAUUUCCUGUCAUGUUUUACAUUCUGACCGUGAAAUUCACGGAUCCUGACCGAAAUGUCGCGGAUAUGUCCUGACAUGACGCCUCAAGACCUGGGUAUAGACCAAUGGCACAAUACAGAGGAGGGGGCCUGAGGAUCCCCUCGCCACGCUAAAUGUUCACUCCACGCUCAACUCGGACGGCUGUACAACAUACCUUUUGUCAUUCUGUUUUAUUGGUUAAGGGCUAUUCUAAAAUGAAUAGGAUGUGUUGACAAUUUUUCAGAAACUGUCAUCUAUCCGAUUAAAUGCGAUAUUUAGAUUGUUUGGAUUAUAUAGACUAUAAUACAUUGUCUUACAACCAUCCUGUUAUUCUGGAAUAGCUCUGACCUGAUUUUGAUGAUGAUCACCCUAUUAAGACACUUUAAUUUUUUUUUCCUUCUUUUGUGAAAGUUUUGAGAUUAUAAUGUUUUAAGAUUUUCAUUUACACAGCCUCUAUCAACACUUGUUGUCACAGCCAAUGUCUCCCAUACAGACGUUGACACUCACCCUUAUCGUUUUAUUGUCACUCAGUGUAUAAACUCAUUUCUUUGUUAAAUUGAUUCUGACUACAUAAUAUUGUGACUACUAACAUCAAUAUAACACUCCAAAUUAUAUUUUCUCCGUUGAAUUUAUUUCACACACAAAAAAACAAACAAAGCACUGCAAAGAUUCCCCCCCCACCAAGUAAUUUUCAAACACUUAGCAAUGUAUAGCUUUUGUUUGUCUUACUUAACCUUACAGUACAGUCAUAUUUUUGACAUUUCUGCUGGACUUGAAGUGAAAGGAAUGAUCAGCGUCAUAUGUCGUUGUUUUUUUGAUGAUAUUGAUAAAAAGUUCAAUUAUGCCACUGGUAAUAAAAUUGGAUUUCAAAAAAUCUUUAUUAAUUUUUAGUUUCAUGACUUCCUCGGAGAUCAAUAUAAAUUAGAAUUAAGUAAUUUGAAUCAUUUGGAUUAUUUGUGGACUAUAAAUUCUGUCAUAAAAGAGUGUGGUUGGCAACUUGGAGAGAUUUAUGAUGGGGAAAAGUUCUUUUACUUUAUACCUGAUAUUCAAUGGUAAUAUGUUACGUUGCAAUAACUCUGAGCUAACAAACUGUACCAUCUUCAAACAUUGCAAUACAGCUGCUGCGAAGAAAUAUAAAAAUUAUGUAGGCUGGUUUUAUAAAUAACUUAAUGCUGAUGCUCUUACUGAUGUAGCAAUAAAAAGACCAUCAGGUUUACCUUAAAUUUGGUUCUGAUUUAAAGAAAAUUACACAACAAUGUCAAAGUGGAAGUGUUUUUGUUUUAACAGGUAUUGUUUGUAUGUUACCUAAGCCAUCUGUCCUCCAGUGUGGAGUGUGACCUGUUAUCAUUGUGUGAGGUUGGGAGUGCUGUUGGUCUGAAUGAAGCAUUGCAAAUUACUAUACAUUUGUGCUAUGUCGAAAAGACAGUUUUCUGCAGAAAAUUUCUUAUAGGAACAUUCUUUAAUAUUCCAGGGUAUAAAGUUUACCUGCGAGAAAUAAAAAAGCAGCGAGGGCAGUCCUUUGAUGUAAAAGAUAUGCCCGUAGAUUGUCUUGAUAAGAUUCUUAGAGAAUUUUUCCAUAGGUGUUACGGACACGUAUAUUUGUACCAAAGUAAAUUGAUUAGCAAUGCUUUGCCCAGUGUCUUGAGGAUAUGUAAAGUUGAAUAUUGAUUUUUUUAUUAAUGUUUACAUAUAUAAUAUGUCCUGUAUAAUACAUGUACCUGAUAGUGCAUAAAACAUUUGGUGCAUUGGGAACUUGUUACCAGUUUGUGUGAUACUGUAUAUGUUAUAAUUUAAGCAGAAUUCCUAUUUGAUCACCUUUCAUUCUAUCUCUGAUUUUGCUAAUUUAUGUACAGUGUUAUUAACUUCAUACAUUCAUGUUUUCCUAAGUACAUUUCAUACAGAAAAUAUUGGCGUGUUAAUUUAUGAUUAUGUUGAUUGAUGGAAUGUACCAUGGAGAGAUAAGAUUGAGUUUGCUAAUACAGUACAUGUAUAAGUGUAUAUUUAAAGUAGAAGCCCACUUAUAAAAUGUGUACUGUAACAUGCAAGCGGCCAUAUUAUCCAGCCACUUUACACGUUCAGAGUUGCUGCACUUUUGAGUGAGUCCCGGGGAUAAACCAUAUCACAGGAAAAACAAGCUUGCCAGUAAAUCAUUUUACCUAAAGUCCUUGACUGUUACCCUAUUCCCUUCUUUGAGAAGUCUUGUCCGUAGACAUGGACUAGGGAAUCCCAUGGGUCCUCCCUGUGUACCACUGUCCCUAGUCACUGGGAACUGGCCUUUCAAGGUAUCCCAGGGUCACAACGUUGCCACCAAAUGUUACAUGGGCAGGCACCACUCCAUCCACAGACCGCCUUUGAUAUUACUUAACUAUUGAGAGUCCCAGGGUAACAGCACAUCACUGGAAAGGCUAGCUUGCCAUAAAGGUAAUAUUUCCCCUCAUAUACUGUGGCUACCACAGAAAACAUUCACCAAAAAUAAACUCAUUUUAAUUUCUGCUUUCAGUAACUUGUUUGGGAUUACAGAAAAACAUGUUCUAUACAAAUUCUUGCUUUAAAGAAGUCAAAUUUGUGUCCUCUGCCCAUGCAAACAGAUUCCCAUUUAUCAAACUAAUAAUUUUAGUGAAUAAUGACCUAAUUUCUUCAAUCUUAUUUCCCGUGGGGUUUGUUAUGUUUUACUGUACUGUACAUAUGUAAAUCUGGGCUCAAACAAAUAAAAAAGAUUUACUUUCAAGUAUUGUUCAUCAACUACUUUAGUUUUAUUAGUUUUUAGUGGCAAGCCUUGUGAUGAGAAUAAGUUACUGCGUCAAUAUAUUUUGGUUUUUAUUUUUUAAACCAAAGCAAUGAUUUGAAAAAUUAAUGAUGAGGUUCCGCUGUAUACAUAUUUCAUUGUUGUAUUCACAAAUGUCACGGCCAGCGUUCGUAUAUCCAGUCCAAUCAUUUCAAAUGGUUUAACUUGAAAGAAAACAACAGAUUUGAACCAAGGUCGGCAUCGGGAAAAUUUGGCAUAUAUUGAGGGGUCUAGAUGUGCCUGUCUGAAAGUAAAAGGCUGACUAUUGCUAGUUUGCAAUAUUUAUGUUAUGUUUUGGUCAUAAAACUUGAAAUAGUGCAUUUUGACUUCUGCCUUUAGAGUUGGCCCACUUUCGGUCUAAGUGCGUUUAUCACAGAAUAUUUUUGUGCAACCUAGACCAUUUCAGCAGGUAUACACGAAAGCAGCCAUUUUUGUUUCACCGAUCAUGGUGUUGAUAAUUGAUAUGUGCUGAAUAUUAGAAAAAUAUUAUUUGUAUUUAUAAUGUGUAAUUCCGAUAUCUUUUCUAUUGAGGUUAUACACUGUUAAGCUUCAGGAACCAUUAGAUGGCACACUUGUAUAAGUAUAUAACAUGUGUAGACAGAUUAUACUGCUUCGCAAUUCAUAUAUUUUAAUGUUGCUUGCCUUUUUUCAAUUUCUUCAAAAAAAACUUUUUAUGAGUGUUUGAACAAUUUAAUAGUGAUAUUUAAAUCAUGGGAAGAUUUUAAUUCUGAAAAUCAUGCUUGAAUACGUAUACUUGUACAUAAUUGUGCUUAUUUUUAAUUCAGAAAUGAAACUCUUAACAACUCAUAGUAAAAUGGUAGUUAUCUUCAGUAGUUAAAAUGAAUUAACUGAUAGAAACAUAUCGAGGGUAGAUUCCAAAACAUUUUGGAGGGGAGGGUUGGGGUGUCAAUGAAAGCUAAGUGCAGGUAGGCACUUGUAUUAUCAUUGUCAAACACAGAUUGUCUUUGGUCAGAUACCAAUGUGAAUAAAAUCAUCUGUUACAUGGCUCUGUUAAGUUCGUAACAUGCCUGAACAGGCGUAAUACGAGUUAACGGAGCCAUGUCACAGAUUAUUUUAAUCAGAUUGGUCGGAUACUGCACAGAUAUUGAUAAUAUUUUAGUGACACUUGGCAAUAUAAUUGAUUGCCCACUGCCAUUUAAAAAAACACAUGUUUAGCAACAAGAAAAAUGUGUUUUGAAUAUUCUGAGUUUGGUAAUUUCAUAAAAAAAGGGGUUAUCCUUUUCGAUUGUGAUAAGUAGUAAAUUAUUGUUGUAAUAACUUAUGGGCAUUGAAAAUUAAAUAUGUCUACAUGUGUA